GAAGAUCACCGGGAGGGUGAAGUAGGAGGGAAGCGGGGACAAGCUCCAGGUCCGGGAAGCUGGGGCCUUGCUGAGGGGUCCCCGUGGAGAAAGCUGCGCUCCUGGAGAAGAGGGAAGGUCCUGGGAGCCUGAGCGGCCGCGGGAGCCGUGGGCCUGAAAAUACUCAUUUUAGAGCAUCUCCGGGUACCCUCAGAAAUGUCUUCUUUAAGUGGCAAAGUCCAAACUGUUUUGGGACUCCUGGAGCCAAGCAAACUGGGCCGCACCCUGACCCAUGAGCAUUUGACAAUGACCUUUGACUGCUGUUACUACCCUCCUCCUCCACCUCACGAAGCUAUCUCUAAGGAACCUAUUGUGAUGAAAAACUUGUUUUGGAUUCGGAAAAACCCUUAUUCCCAUAAAGAGAAUCUUCAGUUGAAUCAGGAGACAGAAGCCAUCAAAGAAGAAUUGUUGUAUUUUAAAGCCAGCGGCGGAGGGGCCCUGGUGGAGAACACGACCACAGGGAUUUGCCGGGACGUGCAGACGUUGAAGUGGCUCGCAGAGGAGACUGGUGUCCACAUCGUAGCAGGCGCUGGGUUUUAUGUGGAUGCGACUCACUCUUCAGAGACCAGAGCCAUGUCCGUGGAGCAGCUUACUGAUGUCCUCAUUAAUGAAAUUCUCCACGGAGCAGAUGGCACCAGCAUCAAGUGCGGUGUUAUUGGAGAAAUUGGUUGCUCCUGGCCUCUGACUGAGAGCGAAAGGAAGGUACUUCACGCAACUGCUCAUGCCCAGUCUCAGCUUGGCUGUCCUGUUAUCAUUCAUCCUGGAAAGAAUCCAAGCGCACCCUUUCAGAUUAUCCGAAUAUUACAAGAAGUAGGUAUGGACAUCUCCAAAACAGUUAUGUCGCAUCUUGAUAGGACUAUACUUGAUAAGAAGGAACUACUGGAGUUUGCUCAACUUGGCUGUUACUUGGAAUAUGAUCUCUUUGGUAAUGAACUCCUCAAUUACCAGUUGAACCCAGAUAUUGACAUGCCCGAUGAUAAUAAAAGAAUUAGGAGGGUGCGUCUUCUGGUGGAUGAGGGCUAUGAAGACCGAAUUCUGAUGGCACAUGACAUACACACAAAGCAUCGGCUGAUGAAAUAUGGAGGCCACGGCUAUUCUCAUAUACUCACCAACAUUGUGCCUAAAAUGUUGCUUAGAGGUAUCACCGAGAAUGCACUUGAUAAGAUAUUAAUAGAGAACCCUCAGCAAUGGCUAACUUUCCAAUAAGAUGGUUAUAAAUUCACACCUCGAAUAUAAAGCUUACAGAGAACAUUCAGUGAUUUCAAACCGACUCUGAGAUAUUAAUCAGAGCUACAUAGAACUAAUGAUAGGUCAUUUCCUUUUUGUGAGAAUUAGAAGCAUGUUACCUUCUCAGAAACUGGCCAUUACAUCUGCACCUUUAGGGAGUCCUUGAGCCUCAUGGAGCCCUAGUACUUUGCCUUAACAAAUAAUCACAGAAGCACCUGCUUCUAAACCAUGAGUUAGAGUCUAAAUCCCUUUAGUGAAGCCUUGUUUUGUUUUCUUAAUCUAUCAGCUGCCCUACUUGAGAAUUUAAAGUGUUUUGAGUUAAAUUACCCCCUUCUGGAGCAAUCCAAUGUUUCUUGUAAUAUUGAUGAUCCUACUAAUUAUCCUGCUGUUCUUUAAUUAAUGCUUAAUGAGUAAUGUGGCACUUUAAAAUAGCUUCUUCAGCAAGAGAAGUGAAAUUUUGAGUUUUUUUCAAUAGAUACUAUAAAACAAUUACCAUUUUACAAUGGUAAAAAUAUUGUGGAAGGAUAAUUAUAUGCUGUCUACCUAUCUAUAUAUACUUAUCAUAAAUCAAUUGUGUUGCCUAUGCUUUUCUGGCACCCAUUUUUGCUAUAAAUUUUUGUUGUGCUUUGAAAAAUUUGUAUAAGGAGGCAUGAACACAUAACAUAAUACUGAAUUAUAAAAAUUCAAUCAUAAAAGUCAGAAUAUAUUACAUAAUAUACUUUAAUGAAUCAUAACAUUUAUAAUAACAAAGGCCACAAUUUAAUCAAUUAAUCAUGUAUAAUGCAAAAAAAGAGAAAUGUUUGCCAUAUAUAUAUAGUUCCUUUAUUUUCUUUACCUUUUCUUUGUUUUUCCUUGGGCCUAACUAAAGAAAAUAAUGCUUAUUUUUCUGAAGAAAAGGUCAGGUAUAUUAGAAAUGACAAUAUGACUCUACAGCCAACUCUCUAAAAGGUAUCAGCCUCGGCACCCUCCUUGGAGCAUGCCCAUGACCUUCUCUCAGGCACGUACUAUUUUUUAAAACUUUAAAGGUCCCCAUGAGACUUGCACCAGGGGAGCAGUGAACAGCGGCAACUCGUCCCCAGCUCACCCCCUGAACCUGUCUCCAAGUCUCCCUUUUUUCUGACUUUCUAGUGGGCUAAAGCAGCCCUACCCAGGUUCUCCUAUUGCUUUUUCCACCCGAAGCCCUUCCUUUGUUUCCUUUAUUUCAGCUUUAAUAUGUACUCUCAAGAUAAAUAAAUAAAUAAAUACAUAUAUACAUAAAUAAAUAAAAUAAAAAUAAAAGGUAUCCAGCCCUGAUGGUUUGUGUAAAUAAAGCCUUUAAAAAACUCAGUUAAAACUCUUAGUUGAUGUGCACUGCUUUUUGUAAGUUAAUCUUGUGGUUGAAUUCUCG